GCCUGAGUUUGAGUUAAAUGACAGAUGUAAACAAAUAUGGCCGCCCACAGAAGCCGAAAAUAGCCAAAUACAUCAUUGCAUUUUAUAUCAUGACCAUUGAACUAAAAUAGUGAUCGUGACAAAGUUAAAUUCUGCAAACCUUCAGCGAUACUUUUGAAGAGUGUUUAUAGUAACCCUCAGUGGUUUAGCCUUAAAAGUAAAUAUGUUUAAGAAGACGGAUCCCAAAGGUAUGUGAUUGUCUAAUUAUCUUUUACUUCAUCUUCAGCACAAUGUAUAAAGGUAUUAACCUAGCUUUAGCACUACACAUUUUUGUAUUUUUGUAUAGGGACUGUUUAUAUUGACUGCUAAACGAGCCAGCCUGGCAAAUAUGAAUUUUGACUUGUGUUUUAUGCGAAAAUUCACCCCGUUUGUCAAUUGUCAGGUGACUCGAUCAAGUUAUAUGUUGUGUUGUUUGGAGAGUUUCUAACUUUUGUAACUUUAAUCCUGACUACGGAGCCAGGGGAGAGCGCUGCCACUUAAGCUGCAUUAAUGCAUCCUGAUAUGCCAUACUUUACUCUUACACUCUCAUUAUGACAGAUAAUUUCACUUGUCAAGGGGAGUGCUGCAGCUUAAUGGGUUAAACAUUAAAUCCUAGGUAACAGGUCAAGUUUCAAUGCUGUGCAAGUAUGAGAGAAUAAAUCGCAUGUGAAUCAUUGCCUGCACCGCAAUGCAAUCGAUACGUUUGGGGUGUAGUUGCUGAAAGUUAAAAUGAUUUAACAUUUUAUAACAUUUACCAAUAGAGGUGUGCAUCAGAUUGGAUUGAUCAUUUAAAAUCUGACAAUUUACUACUGUUUAAAAUCCAAUCCGAUCCAAAAUUGUCUAAUCCAAUCCGAUCCGAGUUUUGAUAAAGAAUUCCGAUCCGAAGAAUCCUUAAAUAAAAUAAAUUUCUCAUUCAAGUGGAAAUACCUAACCGAAUAAAUAUAAAAGCAUGAAAUAGUCAUGUCAAGAAGCUGACAAAGUGCAUGAUUCAGUUCAUGAUUUUGGAUAAUGAAUUCAUUUUAUUUUGAAUAUCGAAGUCCGACCCGACUACGAAACAACUUUAUCAAUCUGAUUUAAGGUUGUCCUUCCAAAGUUGUAAACCUUAAACUCUGAGCAUGCAAAGGAUGAUGGGUUAUUGCUUAUUUAGACUCAUAAACUUUGAAAGUUUUUGGCUUUGCAAGAAUACCUAUGACAUAUAGAAGACUCACGACCUAAAACAUAAUUGCUGCAAAUGCAAUUCUCUGAUGAGUUCAAGGGCCUAAUAGGUGAAAACCUAUCAUCCCUUGCAUGCUCAGAGUUUAAGAUUUAAGGUCUUGUAAGGACAACCUUAAUUCCCUUUACUUAGCUAGUAUAAAAUACAUUUGGGGUGACUAAUCCAGUGCCAUAGACUACUCACUACUACUGUAGUAUAAGAUAUAUAUCUCCAUGUUUACACGCUACUGUCUGUAUAUUAUCCUUGCGAAAUUAGUUAAUUGCUAAAAUGUUACAAAUUCAUACAUUUUACAUUACUGUACAAGAGAACAAAAUGCAACAAAAUGCACUUGACAGUGUAUAACCCAGGCUUAAAAUACUUUGUUUUGUACAUUCAGAACAAAUGAGGCAACAAAAAAGGGCGAUGAACAAGACUCAACGAGAUCUGGGCAGAGAUCAAACAACACUAGAACGACAAGAGAAACAAUUGGUAAGUGGUUUGCUUAAGAAGACUAAAACUUAUUUAAAUAAUAUAGUUUCCUUUAUUUGUGUGCUGUAUAAUUACACUGUGUAGCUUUGACUGUGUAGCUUUGACUAUAUGUUUUGACUUCCUUAGGAAAUGGAAAUAAAGAAAAUGGCUAAACAGGGAAAUAAACAGGUAGGUAAUGUUACUGGAACUGAGGGAAACUGUAUCUUUUGUCAACACAAAACAUAUGUUUACCAUAACUCCCAGUCAAGUAUUUCAUUAUCAGUGUUGUACAGUAAGUAACUUUUAGUACACUUACAAGCAGCAAAAUCACAAGUAAUCAUUAGUUUUUUUUUUGGAAACUGUCUGUAACAGUAAAGUUCUAGUUAUAUUUUGAAAAUACUGUAGGUAGUGUAUCAUAUUCUGUAACUAGUUACAUUUUGGCCUGAAAUGGAACAAAAACAUAUGCUACUUUUCUGACGAGCAUUUACUUUUUUCAUUACAUUUUCAGUUAAAGUAUAGGACUUGCUAUAAUUUUUUUAUGCUAUCAACCUUUAUUACGGCAUGUUAAUGUGGUGGAUCUUUUUCCUGGAUGAAUAUGCUUUUUUUCCGGCUUGCAGUUGGGUUAUCCUAUUCUUUACAGAAAUUCAAUUUAUUGAACUCACUGCUAAUGUGUAACUCACUAUUAAAAUGGCAGAUGUCGCUUUUCUUAAUUUGCCAAUACUUGCAUUAGAACAUAAAAUUAAUUUAUCUGAUAGGGUGUCCGCAACAUCGGUUAGCCAAUUACUGCGGUCCCAAGAAAACGUAACGUAAACUAACAAAUAACUAUAAGACUAGUAUAGCUUCAUAUGGCUAUCUAAUACAUACAAUAUACAAUGUCAACAUUCAUAUUUCAAUAACAACAUGAUAUCGGACCACGAACUGAAGUCGAUUUGGCUGUCAAGUAGGUACUCAAGCUACCGACCGACGACGAGAAUUCACCUCUCCAAAGACAGAACUAUUGUCACACAAAGUGGAAACCGGAAUACAAAGACGAAUAAAAAACACACAAAUACUUACCCAAGUGACGGAACAUACAACACCAAACAAUAAAUAAUACUCCCUGACAAAGCAAAGAUAACAAUAACAUAGCUGAAUAGAAUGAAAAGCUCUGCAACGCAGUACGUGACUACAAAAAGCAGAUUAGUGUUAAAACUAAUUUGAGUAACAAGGGGAAUAAUCAUCCAGAAUAGCUGGAGGUAUAUGCCCGCGAGCGGGCGCGGCAAGUAAACACAACGAAAAAAUAUCCAACAGGACAACAAUUGGCGUAAUCGACAGCGCACCCCAAAAAAACACGAGACGUAACAACAUAAAACGCAAUUAUUACGUAGAAAGAAUAUAUACAUUUUAUGACCUGACCAGGAACGACUGCAAAAAAUGCAGCACAAGGUCCUCUGGUAGGGAUUGAACCUACGGCUCUGCGAUUCCGGUGCAGCGCUCUAACGAACUGAGCUACAGAGGCCAGCUGUUGAGCUGUAACCGUAAGUUCAUGUAUAACAUAUAUACAGCUGCGCCCCCCAAAAAAACCCAGUGCGGACAAACAAUGUCCUCCCAAAAAAGGGACUGGGUGGGAGGGGACGUUGUGAACUUGAAGGUCUGCAAGCAAUGAGCUAUACCUGUGAGCUCCACGGCUUAAAUAAUCUCGGUAAACCUGCAUAAUAACUAAUAUGAAUAUAUAAUUAAGCAGGAGUGUUUUAUUAGGUUUAAAGCCACGAGCGCGCAGCGCGAGUGGCUUUAGACCUAAAAAAAAACACGACCUGCGAGUUUAUUAACGGCUUCAAACACGACUACAAAUUCAAUAGAUUUAUUGCCAUAUUAGUAUUCGUUAUAUAAGGAAUACUAAUGAGACACGACUACAAUAGAUACUGCAGUUAUUAGUAUUCUUUAUAUAAAGAAUACUAAUUAGGAGUGUUUUAUCAGUUUUAAAGCCACUGCACGUGACAUAUUAUGGUUGACAUGAUUUGCCAAUAAGAAUUAUUAAUGAUGUUUGAAUAUAUACAUAAACAACACGCACACAAUUCGUUCUCGAAGUUAAUUAUUUUUAUUGCAUAAAAUCAUCAUUUGGCAUGCGCGCUUUGUUUCGCGUUUGACUGUAUAAGGCAUAGGUAACUAUGUAAUCCUCCCACAACUCCAAUGAAUUAAACUCGAUAGUGAAUACAAUGUACAAGCUUUUACUUUAGAUCAUUGUGCAUUUGUGACGUAAAUUCUGGAUAUUUGCAUAGUUAGCAAACAAACUGAAAUUUCUUAAAAACAAAUCUUCAAAAUAAGUUAUUUGAGUAAUUCCAUACCAUUUCAACACAAAAAAAACUGAUUUGACACCCACCCUCUCCAAAUUUCUUUAUAUUUCGCAGGCAGUUAACAUUGUGUGGGAAUAGUUUAAGUUCGAAAUUUGAGCAUCGUAGCUGCAAUAGUUUUUGAGAUAUCGCAAUUCGAAAUAUGGCCCGAAAAGCAAAAAAGUGGGCGUGGCCAGUGCUAAAUUCAUCAUUACCCUAUUUUACAUUUUGACCUGUACCUUCAUACCCGUACAUGGUAUAUCCAUCAAAAUUUGCACAAAUAUGUAUUUGUAUGUGGAGAUUUCAAAUAUAGCACUUUCAUCUUUGUAUCUGCAACCAGCAAUGUGUUAUGGCACAGCAAAGAGUCUAAUUAUGUGUUUCUGAAGACACGAAAUAUACAUCAUUUUUAUUGGAAAAAUUUUUAUGGAAGCCAUACAGACACAACAGUAAUUUUUAUUCCACAUCAUAUUCACAUGCUAUUCUACUUUUAAGCAAAAUUUGGUGAUGGUUAGUUGCCUGCUUUAAAAAGUAGAGCCCUUUAAAUUUGUCGUAUUUUCUAAAUAACUUUAAUAGUACGUUUCGGGUUUUUGUUAAGAAUAAAUACAUUCAUUGAGAAAUGGGACUGCCAAAUACCUUAAUGUUUCAUUCGAUCCUUCUUUAUUGAUAGUGCAUAUUUAAAAUAUGUUUUAAAAGUUUAAAAAUUACAUAUUUAUUAAUAGUACAUACACAAAAAGAAUAUCAGUGGAUCAAAAGUAUGCAAUACAAUUUAUUUCUUAUCUACCCCUGCUCGUGAAUCAAUUGUACUUUCAGUGAACUCUUUUAUUGUAUGCUUGUAAGAUGAUGAAAAAUGGCUUGAUUUGAUUGAAGAAGUUGACAAUGAUCAAAUAAAUGUAAAAAUUAAUAAGGUUUAUGCACCCAAAGUGCAUCGCAAGAUCAUAUUUCUGGCCAGUAGGAGGAUACUUGUUAGCGAUUGACCGAUAAUUGCGUCGUGUACUCGUGUCAGCCAUACGUUUCAACGGAAACUCUUAAACAUCGUUAUCGAGCUUUAGUCCAACCACACUUUGAUUACUGCUCGAUGAUUUGGGGUAACUGUGGCGAAUCUUUAAGAGGCAAUCUUCAGAAACUCCAAAACUGAGCUGCAAAAGUUAUUACGGGUGAUUCAUAUGAAAUAAGCUCCAUAGAUAUUUAAAAGAAACUAGAUUGGAAAACGUUAGGUGAAAGAAGGACGGAGCAACAACUAAAAUAUGUAUCAAAAGCACUUACAUGACAUGUUUAAACUAUAUAAUUCAGAUUGAUAUGAAUUAAAAAAUAACAAAAAUAAGUUGAUGUUGUUGAAGCCAAAAACAAAUUCAAUGAAACGAACUUUCGGUUAUGCUGCCGCUAAAGUUUGAAUGAAAGAAAUAAAAUUUUUAUAUAAUUUUAUCUGGGUUGGGUUGGAGUGAAUAAUAAACUUUGAAUGUCUUUCUAAUAUUAUUUGGGUGAUUCGGGGAGAGGGUGGGUGCAUGGGAAUCUCUUAUACUGUCUGUAAGUACACGGCCUAGUGAAAAGUAACGACAACCUUGCUAAUAUUUUUUUAGUUGAUUAGCUAUCGUGUUACAAGAUGUUUUUAAUAAAAAAAUAUAUAAUCGGAAUCCCCGAUUUUUGCUUAUCGGUAGACAAUCGGAAUCUGUAGAAUAAUUUGUAUUUUCCGAUUGUGUAAACCGAUUGUUGAGAAAAUACGCACUUUAAAAAUCAUAUAUAUUGCGCGGUGAUACACGUUGAAUGCACUUUAUUAUGUGAAAACAACAACUGUUUAAUCUCUUGCGCGAACGGUAGCGUGUUGCAUAGUAGGUGUGGAGCAAACCGUUGCCGCGACGAAAUAAUACGUGAAGCGUGUCAUUUAUGUACACGUUUAACAAACUUUGGUUGCUACUAGUAACAUGUUACGUUCGAAAUUAUCAUUAAAAUCUCGAAAUGGAUUAUGACGUCAUAGAAAAUCAGAAUCGGGUAGAUUACUGGAUGAAUAAUUGAUAAUAAUUGGUCAAUCACUAAUACUUGUUGGGUUUCGGAUGAGAACAUUAUUUCUAACAUUGGUGUUCCGAACAAUAGUCACUGGGAGGCAGUACAAACUGCAGCCUAAAGACCAACAAGUCUUACGCACAUUCAUGGAUAAACAGUAGUGAUCUCUAUAUAUACAGCAUCGAUUUUGAUCAAAGGCAAUUUGAUACAAGAAAUAACAGUUACUCUUGGAGAACAUAAUGUACUAUUAAAAAAGAAUGAUAGAAUCAAACAUUAAGCUAUUUGGCAGUCUCAUUUCUCAAUGAAUGUAUUUUAUUCUUAACAAACAUCCAAAACGUACUAAUAAAGUUAUUUAAAAAAUACGACAACUUUAAAGGGCUCUACUCUUUAAAGCAGGCAACUAACCAUCACCAAAUUUUGCUUAAAAGUAGAAUAGCAUGUGGAUAUGAUGUGGAAUAAAAAUGACUGUUGUGUCUGUAUGGCUUCCAUAAAAAUUUUUCCAAUAAAGAUGAUGUAUAUUUGGUGUCUUCAGAAACACAUAAUUAGACUCUUCGCUGUGCCAUAACACAUUACUGGUUGCAGAUACAAAGAUGAAAGUGCAAUAUUUGAAAUCUCCACAUACAAAUACAUAUUUGUGCAAAUUUUGAUGGAUAUACCAUGUAUGGGUAUGAAGUUACAGGUCAAAAUGUAAAAUAGGGUAAUGAUGAAUUUAGCACUGGGCACGCCCACUUUUUUGCUUUUCGGGCCAUAUUUCGAAUUGCGAUAUCUCAAAAACUAUUGCAGCUACGAUGCUCAAAUUUUGAACUUAAACUAUUCCCACAAAGUGUUAACUGCCUGCAAAAUAUAAAGAAAUUUGGAGAGGGUGGGUGUCAUGCCUGUGUUGAAAUGGCAUGGAAUUACUCAUUUAUAUAUAAUCAUUUCAGUAGUUCUUAAGAAUGAAAUGAUUAUAUAAAGAGUCGAGGUUAGGUGCACUUUAAGACAAAUAAUUUUAAAUAAAGGUUUAAUCAAAAUAGGUUAAAUCAAAAGGUUAAAUCAAAAUAGUAUAAAAAUAGUUCAAUUUGCACCCCAGGUAAUUAUAGAUACUAGUUACGUCAAAUGGAGAGAUAAUGAGCAUUUUUGUUGUAAAACUCAGAUAAAAUAUAUCUCAUUUCGGACUUGUGUAAAAGUGUCAAUUAUCUAUCCAUUAGGCAAGAUAAAUGAUUUGUCAAUUUGUCAAAGUUGGACGAUAACCUUGCAUGGUGGGCUGUUGUGUUUACAUAAUUCAAAGUCCAAGGCUGGUUCUUCUCUGACAUGAAAAUGUGCAUGCUUAGGGCCUUUCCGUCAAUCAUUCUUAGGUAUAUUUCGCGCGGUUGAGUAAUGAUAACAUUACGUCAUCAAAAUCUUGGUUCAAUAAAAUUGUAAGUAAAUUUAGUUUAGUAGGUAAAGUAAGGUUCACAUAGAUAUAGUUUGAAGUUUUUACUAUGAUAUUUUGAUGAGUAUUUUAAGUUGUGAACAUGUUUUAAUGAUGAUCGAUUGAACAGCGAUACAAAUCACACCACUUGCUACAUCACGUGUACAAAGAUCCCACAACCGUUAGUAUAAAAGGGCGUGCACAACCCAAAUUCGUCAGUGUAUGAUCUCAGUGGAUUCUCAGUGGAUGAAUUCUCAGUGCAUGGAUGAUUCCUCAGUGGAUUCUCAGUGGACUGAUCAGUAAAGUGAAGUAAAGUGAAGACUGAUGAGCAAAGUGAAAUGAAGUGAACUUUAGGAAACUACUACGAGAAGACGAACAUUAUAUUAAGAACUGAUAAUUAUUUAAGAUUGGUUGUAACGAUUCACUACCUAUAAAUAAAGCCUCGUAACAAUUGCACUAAUUAUUCUGACAGUUAAAAUUAUAAAACAUUAUUCCCUUAAGGUGGCUCGAUACAGUUUUCAGAAAUUCAGGUGUUUAACACUUUGACAUGUUCAAACUACGCAUUUUUAGGAUUUAUUCGGCAGAUGUUAGGUUUUUUAUAUAUUUUGAUAUCUCUACUUUCAAAUUAUAUUAGUUAUAGUAACAGAUAGUUCGUUGCUAUGACGACAUACGUGUACGAAAUUCACUCCAAAAUGGCCUCUAUUCUCGUAUAGUUGGGAAAAAAGCUUGGUGACCCCCAAUUUUUUUUCUUGCAUUAUUUUACUUAGACGAAAAGCUAACAAUUAGCAAAACAUAAAAAAAUUCUGUAAUGCCAUUUUUUUGGAAAAUGCGAAAAUGUCAUAUUCUUCUGUAAUUUUUUUUUGGCAUUACAGAAUUUUUUUAUUUUUUGUAUGAUGAAAGUUUUUAGCGAUGCAAUACUGCAUGCAAAAUUUGAACAUAGGUCACCAGGCAAAAUAAAGAGAUAUAGCGCAUUGUUUUUCUAAGAUGGAAAAUUCUAAUGACGUCAGCAAUUGAUAUAAAACGCUAUAGAACACGCGCAAUGGCAUGAUAUGGCGCGAGCAACUGCUCACGUCAAGUCAUUUUGGAAGUUCUUUCAUUUUGUUAAUCAGUUUCCGCGACCUGCGCGUAAAAAUUGUUACCCGGUUUUAAGUUCGCGAUUCUUGAGCAGAGUUUUUGUGAUAACUAUAUCGAGCCACCUUAAUCUUGUUUCUCUAUUUAAUUUCCUAAUUUCUCAAACUUUGGCCAUGACCACGCAGGGUCAAGUAAUGACUUUUAAAAUACGAUUAAUACACAUAUCUUAAUUCUAACUACGACCUUCUAGAGUUUUGAGAUUACAUUCCACCAAAACCUCUUCAUAUAAGAUAACUCACGAAGCGUUAUUCAAAGAGCUCGUUUUUUUAUUUUUUUCGUUUAUUUCUGUUUUUUGAUUUUUUCUGAUUUUUUGUUUUCUGCCGUGUUGUUUUACAUUUAGAAAUAACAUAUUUCAACUUUAAGCAAGUUGCAAAAAAUUGAAACUAAGUAACUUUGUAACACCAAUAGUAACUAGUGUGUAUUUCUAUGUGUAACCUUUGCCGAUAACUUGUGGCCCCAGAAAUUGGCUAACCACUGUUGCGGACACCAUGCCAGAUAAAUUAAUUUUAUAAAUUAAUUUUAAUAGUGAAAUAGGUGAGUAGUUUUUUGCUAGUGAACAUGUUACUGUAAGUCACUUUUUAUUAUAUUUCAAGUGUCAAAGAAUGUUAUCUAAGAUAAACAGGAAACAAUUUUUGCGUUACAACUUCAAUUGUUAUAUAAUUAGUGUCAAAGUUUAAUUUUUCCGUUUGCCGAUGGUCUUGUCUAAAAGUACACACGAGUGACCACGAGUGACCACGGAUGACCACGAGUGACCACGAAUGACCACGAGUGAUUUAUGUGUUUAAAAGUCAUAAAAUAAUAAUAAAAAAGCAUUUUAAGGUGGCUCCAUAGGGUUUUUGCAUUAUACUACACUUUUGUAUCCAGAAAACGCCUGUUUCUUCACUUUACAUCACACAAAGACGAAAUUUAUUGGACACAUUGACAAUGCUCUCCUGAAUAUUGCAAUGUGCUACGUUUGCGCAGAAAGUUCGUUACCAUGGUGACAGCGUGCUUUGGAUAAUUAAGCUCAAAUUUUGUCUUUUUCCGGUCGUUUUAAAAAUUUUAAAAUUUGCACAAAGGAUCAGUCGUCGUAUAAUGAUUUUUUUCUUCAAUUUUAAAAAAUUUUAUGGAACGUUUCUUAGAUUAUUUCCUUCAAUAAAAUUUUAAGAAAAAAGGAUAUUGAGCUUGUUUAGCCGAUAUUAAGAAAUGUGCAAAGUUUUAAAACAAUUUACCGAAGGAAAAGGGUGAAAUUAAGGUUUAAUUUUGGCAUUUUUUGCGAGAUGUGACGUCUAACCAAACCCCCCCACCCCCCCACACACACAAAUUUUGAUAUUUUCAGGUAAAAUUUGCGUAAUAAAGUAAUUAUUUGUGUGAAAUGAUAACCAUUUUUGUAAGAAUUGCAGUCCUAGAAUUGCAGUCCUAGAGCUUCAAAAAUGGAACAAUUUUGGGGGGAGUACCCCAAACCCCCGUUUUCUCCCGAAACUUAGUACGACGGUGCAAGUCAUUAUCACAAGAAGCUUUAUUAUAAUUAUUACACUUUAGGUAAAUAUUUAUUAAUUAAAAAUUCAAAUUACAGGUAAAAUCCUCUGACAACCCCCCCCCAACUUCAGAUGCUUUGCUAUGUUCCUGUAGACUGACGUGUACAAUAGUCGAAAAACUAAAAAAAAUUUCCAGAAAGGAUUUUUAAAAUGGCCAAAAAAAGACAAAUUUUGAGCCUUAUCCUAAGCACACUGUUUCCAUGGUAACAGACUUUCUGCGCAAAAGUAGCGCAUUGCAAUGUUCAGGAGAGCAUUGUCAAUGUGUCCAAUAAAUUUCGUCUUCGUGUCAUGUAAAGUGAAGAAACAGGCGUUUUCUGGAUACAAAAGUGUAGUAUAAUGCAAAAAUCCUAUGGAGCCACCUAAAAAUAGUUUUUUAUUAUUAUUUGGGACAAUAAUUAUUUGGGACUCGCCGUAAUUGGGGACACUGUGGCGAGUAUCCUGGCACUACAUUGUUAAAAUUUAAAUUUAGUAGUUGUCGAACAUUAUUAAAUCAUUAAAUCAUUAAAUCAUAAAUCAUUUUAGGACUUUUAAACACAGAAAUCACUCGUGGUCACUCGUGAUCAUUCGUGGUCACUCGUGGUCACUCGUGGUCAUUCGUGGUCACUCGUGGUCACUCGUGGUCACUCGUGUGUACUUUUAGACAAGAUCUUUGCCGAUUGCUCAAAACCAUAUCACGCGCCGGUCCACAAAACGCCUGCGUAUGGAGGCAACCCAUCAACAAUGUAAUAUAAUGUGUGCCAUUCACAUGCGCGUCAACCAUGAAGUUCUAAAAUUAAUUUUUUAAACUUUUUAUUAAACAUUUACGGCGUUCCAUUUUUGGUUUUAAAUUAAGUUCACUCGAAUAACCGCUGAAUUAUUCAUACUUUGAAGUAAUAUUUCAAAUCCGACUAUGAGGACUGGACUAGAUUUCAAGUCCACGCAAUUUGAUCAAGUCCGAGGCGAAGCCGAGGACUGGAUCAAAAUGUGAGGACUUGAAAUCUAGUCCAGUCCAAAUUGGAGGAUUUGAAAUGAAAUCUCAUACGAAUAAAUUACUAUUUAAUUCAUUUUGAUCCAGUCCAAGGACUGAAUUAGUUUUGAUCCAGUCCUAGGACUGGAUCGAUAUGUACUUCAUUAGAUAUCCAGUAUUAUCAUGUGAGCAAAAUAAAGUAAUAUGGUUGGCUAAUUUAGUCAUGAAUUAUUAAUGCAUGAGUUUGAGAUAUGUAUAUACUAUAUAACAAAACUUUAUGCCUGUAAAUAUCAAAAUACUGCGAGGGCCGUAUGUUUGAUAACUUUUACGGUUAAUACGUUUUCCCUCGUGAAAUAAAGUUUCUAUUCUAUUCUAUUUACUUAUUUACUGAGACCGAGGGAAACAGUGUGUUUUGUGCAUCCAAGACCGUAAAUAAGUGAUAAUUAUUCACCUGUGAGUAAAAGUAUUGUCCACCACUCAGGGCAAUGAAUUUUGUGAAUUUCACAUGAUAAGCUCUCGUCCAGUGACGUGCAUUAAAACAUGAACUUUAAAACACUUGGUAUUUAUAUAAUAUGUAGUUGUCAUAUAUAUCACUUGGUUUCUAAAGUUUGUCAUUUGAAUACAAAAGUACAGUAUACGAACAGACAUUUUCUGUGUUGGUGUAAUGUACUCAGGUGAAUAAGAUGCUUGUGAUGUUUCUUGUGAGUGUAAAUACCAUGAUUGGUAGAUUACAUUGAUAACAAAGGAACUAGACUCAGGUCCGAAAUAUCACAUACUCGAACUGACCUGACCGCGUAGCUCAGUUGGCAGAGCAUUGGGCUAGUAUUCCAAAGGUCGUAGGUUCGAUUCCCAGAUAUACAGACUGUAUACUGCAUCUUAUUUCAUGUUUUCUUGUUAUGGCAGGCAUGUACAGUAUUGGCAAAACAAUUGCUCCAACUCAGGAAACAAAAAGCAAGAAGUAUGAAUACUAGUUCAAAAGUGAUGGGCAUGGGACAUCAAAUGCAAGCCAUGCAAUCAACUGCAAAGAUGGCCAGCUCAAUGGCAACUGCAACUAAGGUGAAGGUCUUUAAAUUCAGGGUCUGAAAUUUGCAGUAUCCCGAUAUCCACAGGAUACUAAAAUUUGGUUUUGGAUAUCGAUAGUACCAAUUACCAAACUGUGAAUGACUUGAUCCCCACUGGAUAUUACAAAAUUUCAAACACCAUGAUGCUAAAUGUCUCCAGUGCAUGGUCUCCCAAUAGCUUUGGAUAUUUACGAGUUUGCCUUCUUGAAAAUAACCGGCCUUUGAUUUUCAAGCUAUUUGGUCUAGUUGUUGACUGUUGCAACUCCGGCUGUUAUCCCCGAGCGAGGGUGCUAAUUCCGCCCGGCUAUUUACACCUGGGGAAACGAAAGCAUUCUAAAGCGAAGUCUAAAUUUCAUCAAUGAUCUCGGGCGUGGGUCACCAACGAAUUUUCGGUGGGUGGUCAUCCUCGCUGAACUCAAAAAUAUGGCGGACUGUUAUGAAUAGCGGACACUGAUUGGUCAAAUUUAAAGUUUACAUUAUAACGACUGCUUGACGACAGCGAAAUAGGAAACAUUUCUUGAUUUGAUGAUUGAUGAAUGAUGAUUUCUUGCAAAUAUAUUUAAUUUUUGCAAGAUUUUGUGAAUUUCAAAAGCUUUUUAAGAAAAUAAAGGCGAAAGAAUUACUAGUCGGCGCUUCUUCGCAAGCUGUUGGAUGGUUUAAGAGCUAUUUGUCAGGUAGAAGACAAUGUGUACGUAUUGGAUCCACAGUAUCAUCCGUCCUUCCACUGUCUCAUGGCGUGCCACAGGGCACCAUCCUAUCACCAUUAUUGUUUUGUAUUUAUACAAAUGACAUUCCAGCGAUCCCACUAUCAAGCAAUAUCAACUCCUACUUCGACGACUCAAAACUUUUUCUGACGUUCAGUAUGAAAGACAUAAAACAAACAAUUGUCAAGUUGGAAGUUGGUCGGGUCCCGACCAUUGGAAUGUAGGCCUGUGCAGAACGUAUCCGCAAAACGGAGUUUCCAUUGUCUUUAAGCAUCGUGGUUUUUUACUAAUUUACCAUAUGGUAAAGUUAUAAUAACCAAUAAUGGUAAAGGUUCAGUUUUUACAUUAAAAAACUUUUCUUGUUUCUAGUAACACCGUACCACUAGAGAGUGACUCUUAAUUACUGGAUCUCUGAAGAGAGCAAUUUAAAACUAAUGACGGUGUCCAACAUAUUAAAUUAGGUUUUAUAUUUUGAUCAUUUUAGACCAUGGGAGCAGUAAACAAGCAAAUGAAUCCUCAAGAUAUACAAAGAACUUUACAAAACUUUGAAAAGGAAUCAAUGAAAAUGGAUAUGUCUGAGGAAAUGAGUAAGUGUAAACAUUGACGUGUAAUAAUGAGGGGCCUGUACCGGUUUUGCGGGAUGGGCCAUAAUUUCGAGCGUAUUCGGGAUUUUAAGAAGAAGAUUCGUCGGGAAACGGGAUUUAAUGUCAUCGCGGGAAGCGGGACUAACAAAAAAAUCAAGGUGAGGUGCGGGAAAGUAACCUAUGAUUGAGUGGGAUGCGGGAUAUAUAUAUAUAUCAUUGAUAUAUCAACAAAACUUGCAGCCGAAUUUCAGUUUAAUUUAUUGUCAAUUGUUUUAAAGUUUCAUUCUUUCUAUAUUAAAAUUAUCCUUUUAUUGCUUCACAUACUGUAUCCCCCUUGAUUCUCGUUAUCGUUUAAUGUACCUAUUAGUGUCUACCAGUAUCCUAGUCUAUCCCUAGUGUAUCCUAUUGCAACCUAUUGUUGUUGUUCAGUUGCUGUAAGAUGGAGCCAUAUAUACUGUUGAAAUGCGCCAAAAUAUGCAAACAAAAUUAAAAAAAACAGAGAAAGGUUAUGCAAGUAGAUACAAGCAAAUAUAGAAACCACAGUCGAGAAAUUCGACAUAAAAAUGAUGGAUCCAUGCUCAACUAAACUGUCAUCAAUGUCAUUAUCCCUCAUCUACAUGUAUGAUUACAUUGAUUGCGGUUUAAUAAGAUUUAGAAGCAGUUUUUGUUUUUAGACUACAUGAUAUUGUAUUCUUCGAUGUUAACACGUUUGAAAAUCUCGCUAUCCAUUGUCUACUUCCAAAUCAUGACUACUUAAUUUGGGCAGUCUCAGAAAAAAGAAGGCGGGAAUGGGAAGUUGGGAUGAGGCAUGGCGGGAUAACGGUAUUUUAACUGAAAAUUGGUCGGGAUGGCGGGAUUUCGAAACCCGGUACAGACCUCUCAAUAAUAUCAUUCCCAUGCAGGUGGUAAUUACGGGCAGAUAUACACUCAGUUUUAGAUGCAUUGCAGUACAGGCUAACAUGACCAGCUGAAAUACAUUGUGCUAAUUUUCAAAACAUGUAUGAAAAAGAAAACCAAUUGUCCAAAAAAACUUGAUAAAUGUCUGAAUCUUUUUAUCUUGACUUGAUAUCUGUUCUUCCAAGCAGAGUACUUCUUUGUAGACUGUCAAUGUCGAUUUUAUCAGUGCCUGUCUAUAUGUAGAGUUUGAAUAUAUAAAAGUACCGCAAAAAGUUCCUCCCUAAAUAUAUCAGCAUAAGUUCUAAACACACGAAUGCCUGAUGAUCACACCUACCACUAUAAUUAAUUUGUGUGAAGAACAAUUAAUAAUUAAUUUAUGUGAAGAAUGGGGUCACUCAUACUUGAAAGAAUGACUUAACCUCCAUUCAAUACAAAAAUACCCAAUUGCGAAAUUAACAAGAAUCAAUGGUUUUAUUGAAAUGGCACACAACGGUAAUGUUUAAUCAAUGAUUUAGUAACCUGCACCACGCGUCUCCAAGCAUCGACGCCUUAUGGUGUCAGCUCACUUGCCGCUGAGGUAUAAUUAUCCAUUCAUUCUGCCACAAUUUUAACUAAGUCAGCCAUAGUGCUGUAUUCUGUGAUUGAACGAUAGCAGAAAUGCUCAGGUGAGUUGAGGUCUGAUAAGGUCGCAGGCCACACCAUUCUAUAUAGCCCAUUUGUUAACAUCGUUCACAUGUUAAUCUUGCAAUUGGGUAUUUUGCAUCCAUUGGAGGUUAAGUGAUUCAUUUAAGCAUGAGUGAUUCCAUUCGUCACACAACAUUUAGCAAACUACCAUAUAUAGGUAUAUUGAGUGGUUUAGGUGUGAUUAUCAGGGAAUCAUUUGUUUAGAUCUUAUGCUCAUAUAUUUAAGGUGGAACUUUCCUUUUAUGAGGUGCUUAUAAAAAAACUGUUUUGUUUAGUGAAUGAAACCCUAGAUUCGGUGUUUGAUGCAUCUGAUGAUGAAGAGGAACAAGACGCAAUUGUCACACAAGUACUGGAUGAAAUAGGAAUUGAUAUGACUAGCAAGGUACGUAUGGCUAUGCAUUCUGAGUAAGAAACCACUUACUCGACUUCACGUAUGUACGUAUGUAUAGGUACGCGGCUCGCUCGCUGUCUAACUUUGCUUACUAGCAAGGUGUGCAAGAAUGUGGAAUCAGAACCUCGUCUUCAACCUCUGGGUAACGAACAAUUCCGCCACAGAUCUGCUAUCACUAGUCCGGAGGACUGGACAUAAAGGCAGGAGGCUUCUGCCAUGGAGGAGUGAAACACACGUCAACUCCAAGUGUAACCAGAACAGUCUUGAACAAACCUACGACUACUAUCUUUAAAGAGCACAAGAACGAGAAGAAUAGAAAAUAUCAAUAGCGAGUGCUAGAUUUUGAAAUGCCAUUGGUUCAUGCCAUUGGUUCUUGGUACCAACGUACGAUGAUGCGGGAGUAGAAUGCCAAAUGUUUCUGAAGCACCUUGCUGAUAGUUCCCACGAAAGGGACGGGGAACCUUACCACGCAGUCAUUUCAUGGCUUAGAACACAUUUAUCUUUUGAGAUUUUAAGAUAGAUGAACAUUUGUGUGAAGGGAUCUAGAAUCCUUAAAGAAGAAUGCUAAUGACUUCGAAGUAUAAAUGAAGCUUGGGAACUGGUCGUUAUUAGGGACCUGUAGCAAAUAGGCGACGGCAACGCGACGACGACGACCAAAACAAACUGGUUCAAAUAAGUAACUCUAAGAUCAACAUGUCUUGUAUUAUCCGUUGUAUGAAUAUAUCGCAAUUUAGAAGGUUAAGACAGAGGUUUAUAGUUGAGAAAACUUCUACUGUCUCUAUACUAAGCCAAUUUGGCGCGGACGACUUCUCGCGGCUUGAAAGGCAGACGUUGUAUACAAAACGUGAAAAUCUUUGGUUUGCUGUUGUAAACAGAGAAGGACGACGUCUAAAACUCCCAAGGGACCUUUAAUUAUGCAUUUUCUUUCUACACUGUCAUAAAUUUCAUUGUAUUAAUAGCCGUCGCCGUCCUGCUAGCUAAAGUCCCUAAUUAUUGCGGGGGUGGAACCGAAGAGAAAUGUUUUUCUUGGUAAAAAUUUUGCGGGUUCGAUCACCAUUAAAAUGUAAAAAAAAUUACCCAACCCCAAAUAUCAAUUAGAAAAUAAACACCCACCCCUGGCCAAAAUCGUUACAAAAAGAUGCCAUUCAAGUCAUUCAGUUGUCACACAUGUCUACCACUUCUGUGACAUGAGUUUAAUUACUGCUAUGCAAUUUCAUGCAGUGUAAAGUUUCAUGUUGUCUGCACGUUCUAAAGUUAUUUGGUAAUGACUGUCGACAUUGCUUUUUAGUCGUCAGUAUUUGAGCGAGUCCUGCUUUGGAAAUGACAAUACAUUUUUAUUACCUAACCCCUAAGUUCUGCUUUUGAUUUACCCAACCUUUUACUCACUAUGGAUUUUUUACGGUUUACCCAACCUUUUCUCUUCGGUGCCCCGCCCCGCCAUCAAUAAUAACCGAUCUCUUUAUAUGGUUUUCAAAUUUCCUAUUCAAGUAAUACUUGAGUUUAGAACUGAUAGCACCACCCAGUAUAAGUUAGUUUAUUGUUGUAGGAAUAUUGUUUAUUCAUUUCAAGAAGGAGUGCCGUGUGUACAUAGUUACAGUAUUUUCAAAUUGAAUCCCACAAAAUAAGUUCUGCAAGAAGCGAUUCAAUGAGCUCCAAUUUACCACCUUCAAAUGUUAUAUUUUACGUUGUCUCUGAUUUUAUAUUUCAGCUUCCUUCGGCGCCACGGGGAGCCACGGCAUCGAAAGAGGACGAAGAUUUGAAAGAUAUAGAAGCACAACUACAAAAACUACGCUCGUGAUACGUGCAUGUGAAUGAAAUAAACACUUUUUAGGAAAGACUGAAAUUAAGUUAUAGGUAUUACACUAUGGAACAUUUGUGAAUAAUAGGGGACUUGGGGGGGGGGGGGCAACCUGAACCUCCCCCUUAUAAUUUCCGAAAGCCUUUCAAUGGUGGGUAAAUGACGGUGUAACGAAGCUCAAACAACAAUUUCACGACCAUGGAAGGAUUUCUAGGCUACAAAUUGGCGAAGUGUUUUUGAUAUUUAAGGCAAACAAUUUAAACAACAGGUACGCAGUGCGUACAUGUUACAUGCCAUCUGAAACUUUAUAAUGCGCUAGCGCUUAUAACUUUUGGUACAACUGGCCUGGAGUUAAAAUAUUGAUUCAAUAAGUUUAACAUCGAUAUAUUUAUUGAAAAUAGCUAUUAUCGUAUUAUGUCAAAAUAAGAAAACUUAAGAUUCUCAUGCGAAUACGUAAUGCUUUUAAGAGCGACCGUUCAUCGUUAGUUGCAAGCGACGCUAAUAACAAGGUCAAGGUUUUACCGAAAACGUCGACUGUAUAAAGAUUUCCUUUACAAAUUUAUGACUAAAUAUUAUUUCCUACAAAUUUAGCUUUAUUUGUAACUUUUUGAAGGUAUAAAAACCCCUGGAAACGGUGAAUUACUAUAUAGAUUGAAAUUGAUUAUUAAACAAUGAU